AUGAAGAUUUCACAGAUACCUUCAGCAGUGGCGCUGCUAGCCUCGCCAACAGCAGGAUUGCUGCUUAGCUGCGACAACAUUGUGGCAUCAUCACGGAAAUACGACUUUUCCAAACUUGGCGGACCCCAUUCAGUCACCGUGAGCCAUCAAGUCGGGCCUAAUUUUCACAAUACUACAUUUACGACGGAUAUCUGCUUCAACUUGAAGCGCAAGAGCGAUGUGGCCAAGGACGAGCAAUGCCCACAUAGCACGCGCAUCUGCGCCAUUGAGCGCAUCAUCGGCCAACACGGUGAUACAAAGUUUGACGAUUUCAACGAGGCCUGGCCCAUUGCAGGCAACCUCCAGCAAUACGGCGGGUAUCCGCUCGACAAUGAGGCCAUCUACUUGCCCACAAGCGACUCGAACUCGGACGCCGAAAAGGAUGGUGUCAGACUCAUCAUCAAAGGCGGUUGGCAUGACUUGAACGGACAAAAGAGACAGCAGCGGGCCAUUAUUGAAUUUAUAUGCGACCAGGAGCUCGAAGGCACCGAGGGCGAAUGGAAACCCGAGGACGAAUAUGUUCCGGGUGACGAUGACAAGGAAGAACGAAGUUUAAAGGAUUCCCUGUCGUACGAAACCGCCGCGGAGGAUGGCGGGGACAAGAGCGGGAAGCCAGUGCAAAUCGGGUACAACAAUGGGACGCAAGCUCUCGUCUUCAACUCAUACGGCCCUCUUGACAGCGACACGAAUAUUGAUGUUCUACGACUGACAUGGAAUACGAAACAUGCUUGCCAAAAACGUGACGGCGACGCCGGGGAUGAGCCCGCUGGAGACCAGCCGAGCAGCCAUUGGGGAUUCUUUACAUGGAUUGUGAUUCUCGUCUUUCUCGGUACGGCUGCCUACCUAAUCUUUGGCUCCUGGCUCAACUACAACCGCUAUGGAGCUCGUGGCUGGGAUCUUUUACCUCAUGGCGAUACAAUUCGUGAUAUUCCGUACCUCAUGAAGGACUGGACUAGAAGAGUGCUCAGUACAGUGCAAGGAAGUGGUAGCCGCGGUGGAUACAGCGCCGUUUGA